AUGGCUGUGUCGACGUUAACGGAAACAUAUUUUGUUAGUGCCAAAUUAUUUAAACUGAAAUUUGUUUUUGUACUCCUCGCAACUACUUUAACUUGCUGUGAUGCAAAGCAAGCAGGUGAAAGUACCGCAAAUACACGCGUUAAGCGCAUAGUGGGCGGACGCCUUUCGAAGGCGCCACCUCCUGACGAUCCGGUCGUUUUCACACGCGCCUUUAAUCGUGAUGCGCGCGUCGAGGGUUUUCGCAAUCCAGCAACUGGCAUUUACUCCUUUCUCGGUCUGUAUUAUGCCGAACCACCUGUUGGUCGCUUACGUUUUGCGCGCCCGGUUUACAAGCGCAUGGCUGGUGAUAUUAACGCCACACAAUUUGGACCGCCCUGCAUUCAACCCUAUCCAUAUAAUAAUCGUCACGUAGUCGGUAGUGAGAACUGUUUACUGCUGAAUGUUUAUACGCCUCAUAUGCCUGAUGAAACUACUGGACUGCCGGUCUAUGUCUGGAUACAUCCGGGUGGUUUUCGGUUUGGUUCUGCCGCGCAAUAUGAUGCUACGCCAAUGGCUAGACAAGGUGUUAUAGUCGUAACACUACAAUAUCGGCUUGGUUCCUUAGGUAUUAUGGGUGAUGGCACCAAAGAGUUCGAUGGCAAUUUGGCAAUCUUCGAUAUGGCUACCGCAUUGCGUUGGGUUAACGAUUAUAUUCAACACUUCGGCGGUGAUCCACGUCAAGUUAAGGCUAUUGGUCACGGUUCGGGCGCAGCGUGUGCAAUGUUUUUGUCGAUGUCUCGCACGGCACGCAGUGCCACUGAUAUUUCAGGUGUGGUCGCGAUGUCGGGUACAGCGUUGUCCCAAUAUGCAACAGAUAAGGAACCGCUGCAGAGUGUGGAGGAAGUGGCGAAAAUUAAUGGCUGUCCCACAAAAAACGAGCUGACGAUCGUGGAGUGCAUGAGAGAGAAAUCGGCCGAGGAUAUCAUACAAAAUGACUCGAAAGUCCAAACGGAGCGUCUUGCAGGUCGUGCCAUUGUCAAAGGACUAUCGGGCAGUGUUGGUUUCACGCCACACAUCGAAGGUAAAAACGAUGGACGUGGCUUACCCAGCUUGAUUGUGGACGAACCGGAGCAACAGCUACGCAGUGGCAGUUUCACUCCUGUACCGUUAUUAACAGGCGUCACAAAACAUGAAACCGCAAACGCUGUGGGAAUUGGUACACUUAAUCGGAUCUUUGGUUCCGCACAACAAUUUCUCAAUUCACUUAGCGGUACUUUGAAAGACCUUUCUGGAUUUUUGCGCAUUGAUAAAGUCACUGGAGAGAUACUACAACCUAUACUACCCGGUCUAACGGAGGCAUUGACGCCCACACUCAACGAUAUUCUAAAAGUGCCUGAGACAUUGAGUCUGGAUGAAGUGUUGGCGAAGGUCAUUGACACCAGCACCGAUAUAAUUUUCAAUCUGCCGGCUGUUUUAACUUUACAAGUUUGGUCUGAGUUGGCGCCUUCCUUUAUGUAUAGCUUCGAAUAUAAUGGCACUCGCACGAAGGGUAUACAUUUUUUGCGUGGCCUGCCGAUCGUUUCCGAGUAUGCUGAUAACAACAACACAGAGUUGGUGGCGCAUGGCGACGAACUUGGCUAUAUGUUCGAUGCGAAUGAUCUCUUCGGUAAUCCCAUACCAGAAGCACAGCUUAUCGAUCAGGAGGACUUGAAAGUGCGUCAAAACUUAAUCGGUAUGUUGGUGACGUUCGCUAAGUCAUUUGGUAAGGAUAGUACGAAAGAGCCUGCCGGUGAUUCGAUCUUUAAAAGCGUAGUUGGCAAAGAGGUGCCUUUCAUAAAAGUAGAUACGGACAUAAGUACCAGUAGUGAUUUCCGUUUUUGUGAGCUCUCUAUGCUCGGCGCUUCACUAACGCCGAUAACUUCAACCACUUGCCAGGGUUUGGGCAAUUUACGUAGUUUGUUGUCACCCUUGCAGAUUGGCAACUGGCUUGACGCUGGUAGCUCUGCUAUAGGUGGGAAUCGGAGAACUAGCGGUCAGCCGAAUAUUGGCGUUCCACUGAUUGAUGCUAAUGGUCUUUUCGGUUGA